AUCAGCUGUCAAGACACCUGAAAGAUCUUGUCACAACCUUGUGUGUGAAGAUGAUGUCUUCGAAAGACAUGGUUAAGGUCAUGGUUGUCAUGUUUGCAAUUUGCUUUCUUGCAAAAUCGGAUGGGAAACCUGUUAAGAAGAGGUCUGUGAGUGAAAUACAGUUUAUGCAUAACCUGGGCAAGCAUCUGAGCUCCGUGGAGAGGGUAGAAUGGCUGCGGAGGAAACUACAGGAUGUACACAACUUUGUCGCCCUCGGAGCUCCAAUAGCUCACAGAGAUGGUGGUUCCCAGAGGCCCCGAAAAAAGGAAGACAAUGUCCCGGCUGAGAACCAUCAAAAAAGUCUUGGAGAAGCAGACAAAGCUGAUGUGGAUGUGUUAAUCAAAGCUAAAUCCCAGUGAAGACAGAGCAGAGCACUGCUAUACACAGGAUAGGGCAACAAAAUUACAUGCUGCUAACAUUCUCAAGCUUUGGAGAUCACCAAAUGCCAAUAUUUACGUCUAAUCCAUGGCUAGCCACGAUAGCUGAAAUUCUAAUUGAUUGUUUUGAUUCUACUUUUAUUCAUGUAAGGCCUCUUUUAAUUAUUCCAUUUCUGUUGUUUAUUCUUUUUAAAGUAUGUUAUUGCAUAAUUUAUAAAAGAAUAAAAUUGCACUUUGUAACCUCUCUCCCAUCGUACACUGCAAAAUAAAAAUUUAAUGAUCAUAAUUUUAAA